AUGAUGCUUCACAGUUCGCAACAGGGGCGAUCUGGCGUGGACUCCACUCCACGAGAACCCGGUCCAAAGCAUGAUAGUCACGAGCAGGAUUGCCAGGAGACAGCGGCAGAGAUUUGCGAGGAUAGCUUGAGCCGUUUGGUGCAAUCUGUUCUGAUGGCCUACGCAGAUAGGCCUUGCAUAGGCCUGCCCAGGGCGGAGGGGCAGACCGUGGAGUGGCACUGGGCGACUUUUGCGGAAGUUAUGAAGACGGUCUACCAAUUUGUUUUUUUUCUACGGCUCCACCGGCACCGUUUCGCUGUGAUAUCGUUUGAAUGCAGCUGUGUUGAGCUAGUCGCUGCAGACUUGGCCGCUGCACUCCUGGGCAUGUGCUCUGUUGUUGUAGCAGGUCCUAACCAAAGGCUGGAUAUUUUGCAUCUUCUUGGGGAAGACAUGUGCGUUGUCAUUGACAAAAGGCCAGAGAGUGAUGCUGCGAUAGCCUCUGAUGACGACGCUUGGAUGGGGCAAGACAAGGAUGUCCUUUUCACUUUCUUCGUGACCUCUGGAUCCACAGCAUCGCCCAAGUUGGUGCGUCGCACCCGAGCCACAUGGCUGGAGACCGUUCGGGACACUGCUCAGUUCGGCUCCGAGCUGUGUGUUACGCUGAGUUUCGCCUCGCUGGCACACUCUGGACCUCGGACGGAGCUGUGGUGGAACCUGGUCU